AUGGCAAUGGCACAAAAGAGAGAAGGACCAGAUUUGAAUAUUAUCUUAUCAUGUCCUGAAUGUAAAGUGUUCCCACCUGAACUGGCUGAGCGGUUCGCUGAAGGUGAUGUUGUUUGUGCUCUGUGUGGAUUAGUCUUAUCAAAUAAGAUUGUUGAUACAAGAUCUGAAUGGCGUACUUUUAGUAAUGAUGAUCAAAAUGGUGAUGACCCAAGUCGUGUUGGUGAAGCUGGUAAUCCAUUAUUAGACGGUAAUCAACUUUCGACUAUGAUUGGGUAUGGGCAAGGUGAUACUAGAGCAGGUAGAGACUUAAACAAAGCGCAAAGUAAGAGUAUUGUGGAUAGAAAAGAUAAUGCCUUACAAGCUGCUUAUGGUAAAAUCUCUAUGAUGUGUGACGCAGCUCAAUUACCAAGAAUUGUCCAAGAUGGUGCCAAACAAGCUUAUAAGUUAACUUAUGAAGAAAAAGCUUUAAAAGGUAAGUCGCAAGAAAGUAUUAUGGCUGCCGUUAUUGUCGUUGGUUGUAGGAAAGCACAAGUUGAUAGAACUUUCAAAGAAAUCUGUACUUUAACCCGUGUCCCAAAGAAGGAAAUUGGCAGGGUUUUCGUUGUUAUCAAGAAAAUUUUAGAGGAAAAGAAUCAAACCUCAUCAACUUAUCUUGCUCAAGAAAAUAUUCAAUCUUCACAAACUUCUGCUGAAGAUUUAAUUAGAAGAUUUUGUUCCCACUUGGGGUUGUCUAUUCAAUUAUCAAAUGCUGCAGAACAUAUUGCAAAACGUUGUAAAGACGUUGGUGUUUUGGCUGGUAGAUCUCCAAUCACCAUUGCAGCUGCAGUCAUUUAUAUGACUGUUUUAAUUUUCAAGGCAGAUUUACCACCUUCAAGAAUUGCAGAAAAACUGGGGGUUAGUGAUGGUACUAUUAAAACAAGUUAUAAAUUCUUGUAUGAGAAUAAAGAAGAAUUGAUUGAUCCAAAUUGGAUUGAAUCAGGGAAAGUCGUUAUGGAAGACAUUCCAAAGAGUGGGUGA